GCAUGGCCCCAGUAUAAAAGGCGGGCUUGUCAUCAGGCUGUGCUUCAUGUUGCAGUACUUGUCCCGGCACAGGGCUUGUGUGGAGCCGGCGAUAAAGAGAUCUGCCCCAGGCCUCCGUGGUGCCUUGCGGGGUGGUGAUAGGCACUACUGCUUUCAGUGGACACACCGCGAGACUGUGCGCCCCCUUGCUCAGCAUCGCUGGAAGUCACAUGCUUUUUUGUAUCUAGACUCUUUGGGAAGGACGGUGUGAAGAAAUAAAGUUCAAGUCAGUCUUUAGGUUCCUGCAAGGUGCUUGGGAGCUGAUCAAGACUUCAAGCUAAAGAUGGUGAUGCUGAGUCGCCUGAGGGUCAUUCUUCAAGCCUCUCCGUGCAGGGCACUGUGGAGAAGGUUCCAGAUUCCGAGGUCCAUGUCAGCGAGACCUUGCAGCCUCUACACCUGCACUUACAAAACCCGGAACCGAGACUUGCACCCUCUCUGGGAGAGCGCGGACCUGGUCCCGGCGGGCGAGCGCCAGUCGCCCAUCAACAUCCGCUGGAGGGACAGUGUCUAUGAUCCUGGCUUAAAACCGCUCACCAUCUCUUAUGACCCGACCACCUGCCUCCACGUCUGGAAUAACGGGUACUCGUUCCUCGUGGAAUUUGAAGAUUCUACAGACAAAUCAGUGAUCGAGGGGGGACCCCUGGAACACAACUACCGAUUAAAGCAGUUCCAUUUUCAUUGGGGGGCCAUCGAUGCCUGGGGCUCCGAGCAUACCGUGGACAGCAAAUGUUACCCAGCAGAGCUGCACUUGGUGCAUUGGAAUGCGGUCAAAUUUGAAAACUUUGAGGAUGCAGCACAGGAAGAAAAUGGUUUGGCUGUGAUAGGAGUAUUUUUAAAGCUAGGCAAACAUCAUAAAGAGCUACAGAAAUUGGUGGAUACUUUGCCAUCAAUUAAGCAUAAGGACACGCUUGUGGAAUUUGGGUCAUUCGACCCUUCCUGCCUGAUGCCCACCUGCCCAGAUUACUGGACCUAUUCGGGGUCCCUGACUACCCCACCACUCUCUGAGUCUGUCACCUGGAUCAUUAAGAAGCAGCCCAUAGAGGUUGCUCAUGAUCAGCUUGAGCAAUUUCGGACUCUGCUCUUCACUUCCAAGGGGGAGACGGAGAAGAAAAUGGUGGACAACUUCCGCCCCCUUCAGCCCCUGAUGAAUCGCACUGUCCGCUCAUCCUUCCAUCAUGACUAUGUGCUGAAUAUGCAAGCAAAACCCAAGCCGUCCACCAGCCAAGUGACCUCCUAAGACGACGUUAUCUAGGCGGUAUCUUGCUUAAAAACAUACUAGCGCUUUAAAAAUUAACUAGACUCUUCUAAAUGCUUGCAUUUAAUGAAUAUCAUAGAUGUGCCUUUCUUGGUACAACAGUGCACCUUAGUAUUUGAGGGAAGCUCUUUGGUAAACAAAUUUUUACUUUUAUUGAUAAUGAUGUUUAUCACUCAAGUACCAGCAAGAGACACAAGAUUCUCUUAUAGCAAUAUGCUGGUGAUUGUAAGUCUUUUUUUAUUUGUUUAUUAGGGCUGAACCUGCGGAAUAUGGAAGUUUCCAGGCUAAGGGUCA